AUGUUCUCAAACAAUUUAGGGACACCAGCCGGAUAUUUGAAGGAAAAGCAAAAGCAGAUACUUAGUGGGGAAGACUAUCAACGAAUAGAGGCUCACCUGAACCAGAAGCAGUUCUUACGACCGCUGGACUCCGAUAACGCCAAGGCCAAUAUCUAUUCUAUUAGGCAGAAAUCCAUCAGCAGGCGAUAUUGUGACCAUCGUCGUCUGGGGCAUUGGCCUACAGCAAUCCUCGAGCAGAAUUGUAACAAGGGGAGGAUAAUAUCGUUCCAUCAUCGGAUCUGCAAGACCUAUCUAGCAAAGAAACGGAAAAAGGGGAACAGAAAGUCGGUCAACCAGUAG